AUGAACCAUUUUAAUUACGAACCAGAACUGCAUCCAGGAGUCACGUACAAACUACAAAAUCCACGGGCCACCCUAAAGAUAUUUUCCACUGGAAGCGUAACCGUAACAGCUCCAAGUGUAGCGGACGUUCAAGCCGCAAUAGAAUACAUCUACCCGUUAAUAUACGAAUUUCGCAAAGAACGUUCUAAAGAGGAACUGGAAGCUUUGGCCAAAAAGAAACAGAAACAAGACUUGUACUCUGAUCCCGAUCCUACAUUAGCAACAUUAGCUACUGAUGAUAUUAAAGAACAAAUGGACACAGACGAUGAAAACUGGGGCGACUAAAGCGGGUGGUUGUCUAACAACAACCGAACUUAUCAGUGCUUCGUUCUGCGUUACAAUGUGAUUAUUUUCAGAGCUUAGGUUUGGUUAAAUUUCAUGUCCAUUUAGUGAUUAGUAUGUUAAUUGUAAUGCAGACAAGAGCGCGUUACAAUUGAUACACUUCUGUUAGUACUGUUGGCAAUUAUUCUCGUAAACACGCGAGAGAACUGUCCACAUACUACUCACUAGUCAAGCCCCACUGAUUUGACAUUUUCUCAGUUAUUUAUUGAUAUCUAUUAUGAGACUGCUGCAAGUUUAAGUUUUUCUUCAUUAACGAAUAAAUGUGCUGUUGAGUCAUUCGAACCUUUAAAUUAUUUAUGGUAUGAGUAUGAUUGUAGCUUGAAACCAUUUUUCAUCAACAGUUAAAGCGACUUAUUUCAGUUAUUCGAGACCGUCUUGGGAAUGGGCUGCUCUAACAUUAUUUUAUACCGCGUAAUAAGUGUUUGGUGUUUCUAGCUAUGAUGAAGAAUCUUAUAUUUUGAGUUACCUUGCUAAAAUGAUACUCAUGGUUUUCAUUCGAAUUAAUACAUUUUAGUAGUACAAAUCGUCGACAGUUUCCCCACUACAGCCUUAGUUUUUUUGCAUAGAUAUAGAUUAUGUUAAAGUUUGUACCUUAAACGUUAGAUUAGUUAGUGUAGCCGUUUAGCGAAUGUAAUAUAAAACGCAAAAUAUUGAGUGUCGUUGUAGGGUGUGUGUAUCCUACGGACCGACUUAAUUCAUACUUUUUACUCGAGAAUCAUUCAUUUUACAUUUUUCCUUUCAUCCUACUAGUAAUAAACAAUAUCGAACUGAAUCUCUGCAGAUUUUAGGAGUAGGUUUUCUCAAUAAUAAACAUACGACUUGUAUUUCGUCGGUUAUAAAUGCACCAAUUUACCAAAUUCGACGCAUUUAAGAAAGUCGCGCGAUCAUUGCGAGAUACUAUUUAAGCAUAUCGUUGUUAUGUGGAUGUUCUGUGAUGAUUAAGCUGAAAAAGUCGUUAAAACUAAGCACAUAGUUCACAUUUUGGAAAAGUUAAGGGACAUUAAUAACGCAACCUUAACUGAUUCGCCGCACUUUUUCACAACUGAUUCAUGUAUAAUUACUAGCAUUUCGAUGUCACCUCCCAAAAUAACGAAUAUUACUGUUCCCCAAUGCCUUAUAAUGUAGUAAUAAUGUUUACAUUUUUAGAUACUCGAAAAGGCUACAAGUAAUCAGGGUAUUAUCGUUCAUUUGUAUGCGGUUCAAUAAAACCCUUCUUUUAAUUAGAGGAGUACGAUUUCAAUUAGGUAUUUUAUAUAGCCUGUUGGUACAAGCUUUGGAAAGCAAUAAAACCAGUCAACCAACCGUCUGCCAUUAGUUCAUCAAUACAAAACUUAGAGGAAAAAUGGCAGAUUAUUAGCGUUGAGAAAUUUGGGGCGUAUACAAUUUUAUUCCGACUAAGCAGGUUCGGGGCACAUGGUCAUUAAUCGAUCCUGUGGGAAAUAAGUAGAUAGAAACAUAUACCAAAAUCUUUAUUUAGUAAGUACGAGUUUCAAUGUGUACAGUGUUUUAUGCGAAGCUCUUUUAUUCAUUGUCCUUCUGCUAAAUUAUGGAUAAAACUGAUUAUUCUAUAGAAUAAAGUUUUUCUCAAA